UAAACCAGAGUUAAACUGCAGCUCAGAUCUUCUGAAGGAGGAAGAACCUACAGGCUCCUCACCUGGGACCAGUUUCAUUUCACUGGAAACAACUGGAAAGAAAACUUCAUCCACGUUUCUUCAGUCAGAGACGAAUCAAAGAGACGACAGACGAGCCACAGACAGCAGAGGACGGUGGAUGAGGAGCAGCCAUGUCAGUUGACCUGAGCGUCCUGCAGAGCGGCAGAGGAGCAGAGGGGGGGGCGGCGCUGGCGACUCUGGAGGAACAGCUGAUCUGUCCCCUCUGCCUGGAGCUGUUCCACAAGCCGGUGGUGAUUCUGCCGUGUCAGCACAACCUGUGCAGGAAGUGUGCUAACGAGCUGUACCAGCCCUCUCUGUUCCAGGCUCGAACCACCAUGACGGUGAACAGCGGUCGGUUCCGCUGUCCGUCCUGCAGACACGAGGUCGUGCUGGAUCGCCACGGCGUCUACAGCCUCCAGAGGAACCUGCUGGUGGAGAACAUCAUCGACGUCUACAAACAGGAAGUCAUCAACAGCUCCAGCAACGCCAGCAGUGCCCCCCCGCCCCCCCCGCCUGCUGCCCAGCUGACGUGUCCGGAGCACGAGGGCGAGAAGCUGAACAUCUACUGCCUCAGCUGCCGGGUUCCGACCUGCUCCCUGUGCAAAGUGUUCGGGGCUCACGGGUCGUGUGAGGUCGCUCCUCUGACCGACGUCUACCAGCAGCACAAGGAGGAGCUGAGUGAAGGAGUCAGUUCUCUGGUGUCGGUGAACGAGCGAGUCCAGGUUCUGAUCCUCGAGCUGGAGGAGACCUGCAGGAACAUCCAGCAGAACUGUUCGGCUCAGAAACAGAACGUCUGCGACGGGUUCGACCGGAUGAAGUCGAUCCUGGGAGAGAGACACAAGGCGAUGACUCAGCAAAUCAGCUCCGAGCAGGAGGAGAAGACGGGCCACGCCCAGGCUUUGGUGCGUUGCUAUGGGGACAGCGUGGAGGCCAACGCCAAGCUGAUGGAGCGAGCAGCGAGCGCCAUGGAGGAGCCGGACACGGCUGCGUUCGUCCAGAAUUCCAGAGAGCUCAUCACAAAGGUGAUGACAGCCACCAGCUCCUGUCCGACCGAGACCCUGAAGCCAGGUUACGAGAAGCUGAGCCCGUACGAGUUUAACUUCAUCACACAGGAGCGAGCGCUGAGGAGCAUCGACUUCCUGAGAGCUGUGGAGGAUGUUCCUGAAGAACCGGAUGUGGAACCAGAAGAACCCAGAGAACUUUCUGAACUAAAGCACCAUCAGGAUCCGUCCGUCCAGAACCUGGAAUCUGGAGCAGAAGCAGUUAAAGAGACGACAUCAGCCCCAGAGGAACCAGCUCCAGAUCCAGAGCUGCUGAGAGGCCGUGAGGAACCUGCAGGGGGCGACCUGCAGCCUGACCACGCUGAGGAGAACCAUGGAGAAUCAGGGCCGAUCAUCAAGAAGGAGGAAGAGGAGGAGGAGGAGGAGGAGAGAGAGGAGGGAGGUGCAGCUCCGGACUCCAUUAAAGACACAACCGUCUGUGAACAGGAGGGAAUGAGCAAACAACAGGCUUUCACUCUGCUCUUCUACCUGUUGGCCUUCCUGCUCAUCCUUCAGAACGUGUGGGCGUACAUCGGCUGCUUCAUCUGCACAUGACCUCUCAGAUGGAGGAUGAGACCAGGAGUCCUGCUGAGACCAGCCCUCCCUCCUCUUCCUCC